AUGAAACCACUGUAUUUACUCUUGGGCCUUUGGGUUCUUGGAGGAUGUUUCCUGUCUGGUGAGUGCCACAGAGGCCCCAGAGGACGACACGAUCCUAGAGGACCACCACCUCCUCCUCCCCAUCCCUUUGGUCCAGGAUUCGGUGGACCACCCCCUCCUCCCUUUGGUCCAGGAUUCAGUGGACCACCCCCUCCUCCCUUUGGCCCUGGGUUUGGUAGACCACCCCCUCCUCCCUUUGGUCCUGGAUUCGGUGGACCACCCCCUCCUCCCUUUCGUCCUGGGUUUGGUAGACCACCCCCUCCUCCCUUUGGUCCAUAUCCACCUGCACAACCCAGACCUCCAACCAAUCCUCCUCUCACUCCACCUCCUCCCCCAAUACAAGCAAAUAUAACACCUAGUGCCAAUAUAUCCCUAACUACUACUGCUGCUGCCCCAAAUGCCACUGAUGAUUUUCUGAGCUGGUGGGAAAGAUUAAUUUCCCUUUGGCAGCAAGGAUGAGAAUAUUCCAGAGCACUUUUGAAAUUUUGGAUAAAUAAUCUUCAAAGGCUUAAGAAACAACCCCUUCCCAAGCAUUAUACAAAUUGAAAAUAAAGAGCUGAGCAGCAUU